UAUUUGUUCCCGCGGGUCUUGCAAGAGGAGAAAAAAAAAAUCCUAACUUGGUUUUCCCCUGCAUCUGCAAUCACCUAAUGUUUCAAGUUUCAACACCGUACCAGGCAAGGAAAUCUGGUUCUGUUCAACAUCCAGCAUCCGCAGAAACUUGCACAAUCUCCAUCUUUUUGACAUUUUCACACUUUCGCCAGGUUCCACUUCUCUCUCUCUCUCUAGAGAAGUGAUUCAUCACCCAAUCGAAAAAAUAUUGCACCUUUUAUUUCGAGGGUUCUCUUCUAUACUGUCUUUAUGCUUGGAUUAUUACUACUUAGAUGGGUUUUUCUCACAUGAUUGUGUAGUAUCAAUUUUACCCUAGUUCUGGACUAUGAAAUGCUUCAAUUGAUGUGGGUUUUAAGUUUUAAUCCAUCUCUGACUCUGGGAGUUCUGGAGUUGAUUGGUAACAUAACUUCUGUUGAGCUGACACUCUGUUUCCUUCAUAUAUAAGCUAGUAAGAGCUUGAAAUCGCCACUGGAUAACUGGUAGGGUCAGUAUUGAUCUGUGAACCUUUUUAUCUUUCUGGAACUCCGAUAUGGUAGAAGUUUUGAGGAGUCCACUUGCUCUUUGUACGACAUCAAACAGCUUCCGUGCACAACAAUUCCCGGUUUAUAGCGAAAGAGGUAUCCGUCUUGAAUGUUUUCUUUGCAAUAAAGGUUUUAGUUUGUUCAUCAAAAAACUGAAACAGAGGAAUGCUAGAGUAGGUAGCCUAAAUAUGGCAUCGGUGGUUAAUGAGUAUGGUAGUUUGGGUGGAAUUCAGAUGACAAGACUGCCAGUAACGAAAUGGAUAAUACGGUCUAUGAAGAAAAGGGUUAAUCCAUUUGUGGCUGGUAGCUUAGAAUCUGACUUGGGUUUUAAGAAAGAGGAAGGAAUCAUAUCGACUCAAGAAAGAGAAGAGAAACCUGGUACAAUUUCUUAUGAACAGCAGUUGCCUACCUGGAGAAAUUUUGAGUCUCUGGAUGAUUCUAAUGUUAAUACUAGUGCAGCUAGUCCACUUUCUUCAGAUUCUGAAGUUGGUCUGCUUGAACCCAGGCUGUAUUUUCUAGAGGAGAGGGAUGAAGAGAUCCUGUCAAAAAGGAUCUUGAACCUUAGCAGAUCUAAUAAGGUUAGAAGUGCUUUCGAUCUGUAUGUGUCUAUGGAAGUAUCAGGUCUUCGAGCGAGUCUACAUGCAUGUAACUCACUUCUCUCAUGUCUUUUGAGGAACCAGCUGCUUGAUGAUGCUUUGAGAAUCUUUGAUAUGAUGAUGGAGAAGGAAAUGACUUCCGGCCAUACGUAUAGCUUGAUCCUCAAAGCAGUUGCAAGCACUCGAGGUAGUGAUUCAGCCCUCAAAAUGUUUGCUGAAUUGGAAGCCAAAGGUGUGGCGAAGAAUUGUUUUGAUGCCAUUGUUUACAAUACUAUGAUAUCCAUUUGUGCGAAAGCAAAUAAUUGGGUUCAAGCAGAAAGAAUGUGGAGAAAUAUGAAGGAGAAUCAUCAGAGUGGAACGAUAAUUACUUACAAUCUGUUAGUCAGCACUUUUGUUCGUUGUGAUCAGAAUGAACUUACCCUUGAUGCCUACCGUGAGAUGAUCCAAAAUGGAUUGAAACCAAACGAGGAUAUAAUGAUAGCGGUAAUAGCAGCCUGCACAAAAGAUGGGAAGUGGAGUUUGGCAUUGAGUGUCUUCCAGAACAUGUUGGAAAGUGGAUUCAACCCAAGUGUAACUGCCUGCAAUGCUUUGAUCAAUUCACUUGGGAAAGCAGGGGAAGUUGAACUCGCUUUCAAGGUUUAUGAUCUCAUGAAAUCUUUGGGUUAUGCUUCUGAUACAUACACAUGGAAUGCAUUGCUCGGUGCUUUGUACAGGGGUAACCGAUAUGCAGAUGUUCUGAGGCUGUUCGAGAGCAUUAAAAGGGAGCAAAAUUCUCAACUAAAUCUUCAUCUAUAUAACAAGGCCCUAAUGUCUUUCCAAAGACUAUCUUUAUGGGAGCAGUCUCUCCAACUUCUAUGGCAGAUGGAAGCUAGGGGGCUGCAAGUGCCAACUGCGUCAUAUAAUAUUGUUAUUGGUGCUUGUGAGGUUGCAAGGAAGCCAAAAGUUGCUCUGCAAGUAUAUGAGCGAAUGGUUCACCAGAAGUGCACUCCAGAUAUAUUCACUUAUCUAUCACUAAUACGAGCUUGCAUUUGGGGAUCUCUCUGGGACGAAGUGGAGGAAAUUCUAGAACAUGUUGCUCCAGAUGUGUCUCUUUACAACACUGUUAUUCAAGGGAUGUGUCUAAGGGGUAAAACCACAUCGGCAAAGAAACUGUACAUGAAAAUGCGUGAGAGAGGGCUUAAACCUGAUGGUAAAACAAGAGCUUUGAUGCUUCAAAACUUCACAAAAGAUUCAGUUAGACAUAGAAGGUACCGUAUUCGCUAAUGAUGUGAGAGGAAAAAAAAAAAGAUGAGAGGUAAGUACUAUUUUGGAUGUAAAAUUAACAAAAAGCAUACUAGAGGGAAAACAAGUAAACAGUAUGUGUUAUAUUAUUGCAACUGUACUUAUAAGGAUGGUAGUCAACUAAUUAUAUGUUGGAAAUACUUGCCAAACAACCUCCUUGCCCUCCCAAAUGGAAAGCACUGUCCACCAUGGGAUUUGAUGCUUUGUGGCCACUAGACAUAUGUUACAGUAUUUUUACAUAUGGGGAAUUUUUUUUUUCUUUCCUCACUCUUUUCAUAUUUCUUUCCUGCAUUAAUGUCAAUAUUAGCUCCCAAAAUGUCUCCUUUGCUUGAUCUUCUCAAUAUUAGCUACACUGAUUCAACUGU